AUGACUAUUAGCAAAUUGACUCCACCACAACUACCACCUACUUGGAAUGACACUCCUGAGAACAUUUUGGAGCUUGCCGACAAGUUUAUUGCCGAUGCGAAGGCUCUUGAUGAUAAGCUUGCCAAAGUGGAGAACCCAACCAUUGAUAACUUGAUUAGGCCGUAUUACACAUUUUCAAAUGAAAAUAAACUACAAGUUCUUCGUUUAGGGUUUUAUCGUCAAGUUUCUGAGAACCCAGAUAUCAGAAAAGCGUCAAUCGAAGCUUCUAAAAAAAUCAGCGAGUUUGGUAUUGAAUCUGGUUUGAGAGAAGAUCUUUUUGUUCAAUUCAAAAAGGUUUACAUGGAAACUAAGGAUGACAAAUCCUUAGACCCAGAAUUAUCUAGAUAUAUUUACAAGGUCUAUAACAGAUAUAAACGCAGAGGUUUAGAGUUGCCAUUGGAACAAAGAUCUAAAGUCGAAUCGAUUUCCAAAGAAUUAUCUCAAUUAUCUAUUGAUUACCGCAAUAAUUUGAAUGAACAAACUGAAUUUUUAUUAUUUGAUAAAAAAGAAUUGAAAGGUGUUCCAGAAAAUAUCGUUUCGCAAUUUGCUGAUGUGGAAGGAAAAUUAAAAGUCACUUACAAAUAUCCUGAUAUCAUUCCUGUUAUCAAGUAUGCCAAAGACCCACAAACAAGAAGAACUGCUAUGCUUGGUAAUCAAAACAAAGUCGGCCAGAAUGCUGCGAUUUUGAAGCAAGCAAUUGUUAAAAGAGCUGAAUUGGCGAAUGUUUUGGGAUAUAAAUCUUAUUCUGAAUAUGUUCUUGAAGAAAGAAUGACAAAGACCCCAGAAAACGUCUUGUUGUUUGAGAAUGAUUUGUUGAAAAAAUUGAAGCCAAAAGGUCAAUCCGAAGUGGAAGCGCUAAUGAAGCUCAAAUUGAAAGACUAUGAUGAAUUAGGGCUUGAUACUACCAGCAAGGAAGCUAAUACCUUUUUUAUGUGGGAUUUGUCGUAUUAUCACAAUAUCCUUUUAGAAGAGGAAUAUAAAGUCGAUGAGCAAAAGAUCUCGGAAUUUUUUCCUUUGGAAUCUACCAUAAAAAAGAUGUUAGGUUUUUAUGAAGUAUUGUUCCAAUUGAAAUUUAUUGAGGAAACUAAUCCUGAGAGAAAGCGCACUUGGCAUAAGGAUGUGAAACAAUUCGCACUCUGGAAAACUGACAACCCUGAAGAACCAGAAUUUUUGGGCUGGAUUUAUUUCGAUCUACAUCCAAGAGAUGGAAAGUACGGCCAUGCUGCUCAUUUUAUCAUUAAAGGUGGAUACUACGAUGAAAUUAAUGGGGUGAAAGAAAGACCAGUGAGUGCCUUGGUUUGCAAUUUUUCUAAACCACAGAAUGACAAGCCUUCAUUGUUGAAGCACUCUGAAGUAAAAACUUUUUUCCAUGAACUAGGCCACGGUAUUCAUUCUUUGGCUUGUGAAGUCAAAUUUUCUAUGUUCCAUGGUACUGCUGUGGCUCGUGAUUUUGUUGAAUGUCCAUCUCAAAUGUUGGAAUUUUGGGUUUGGUCUGCCCCGGAGUUGAAAAAAUUAUCAUCACACUAUGAAACAGGAGAACCUUUGGAUGAUUCCUUAAUAGAAUCCAUGGUCAGAUCAAAACAUGUUAACGGUGGGCUUUUCUUGCUUAGACAGGUUCAUUUUGGAUUAUUUGAUAUGACCUUGCACAAUUCUAGUGAUGGCGUUGUUGAUGUCGACCAUGCAUGGAAUAGGUUGAGAGAAGAAAUCUCCUUGACCAGUAUUGAUCAUGAGAAUACUGUUGGAUAUGCGUCAUUUGGCCAUAUGAUGGGAGGGUAUGCGUCCGCCUAUUAUGGUUAUUUAUAUUCUAAAGUUUUUGCGACUGAUAUCUAUUAUACAAUUUUCAAGAAAGAUCCAUUCAAUACAGAAAAUGGAGUCAGAUACAGAGACAUUAUUUUAAAGAGAGGUGGAUCCAUAGAUGAAAUCGAUAUUUUGAAAGAAUUGUUGGGCAGAGAGCCAAACUCUGAUGCAUUCUUGAUUGAGCAUGGUGUCAAUUCUGGGAAAUUAUAA